AUGUCAUUUGGCUUUCGGAACCUCUGCCUUCCAAAGGGAAGGUUGACGACCACAACAGACCGAUAUACGUCACGUCCGGAAUGGACAACUUUGAGGAUCGUGAGAUUACUGACAAAUCCAGUGAUGAGCAACAACUAUUUCUGGAGCCCACGAUUGAUAAUCUGGUCGCUCAAAGAGAAAAGGACUUGGAAGUUUACAUUAAACAGAGAAAGGAUCGACAAGCAGCAGAGGCACGAGCGGCACAGAAAGUGA